AUGUCAACCACUGCCAUUGCAGCUGAAUCCAACUCUUUAAACUUCAAUCCUGCGUGGAUGCGUGCCGUUCCAGUCUCGAUGUCUACUGAAGACGGAAAUAGGUGUAAUAAUCGCACUGAGCCAUUUUUUGUCACCGAAAAACUCAAUGUUGACUAUCCUAUUGCGGAACCAAUUUUCGUCAAAAAUCGAUAUGGUCGGGAGGAUUUACUCGCUCUUCUCUCGAAAAAUGCAAGUCCUCCGAUUGGCCUUGACAAAUGUCAGUUUUUUGUGGCGACUGCGCAGAAACCAAUUGUGCUGUUGCCAUUCUCCGACACAGAAACGAGACUACAACACAACAUCAAUUCAAGUAAAGCAAUGAGCCUGCUAAAUCACGUGGACCGGGCAACAAUUGCUUCAGGGGGUAUGAUCGGUGGCGCAGGCAUACUUGCUCAGCUCAGAACAAGUCAGGAAAAUCGUUCAUUUUCUCCUUCAUGGAUGCCUGCAUCAGGUUCGUUAGUUUUCUUGAAGUGCAUAUUUGGAACGUCUUUAUUUUCUGCAGAAUUGGAAUUUUUUAGCCGAUUUUAUCAUUCAUUCACAGGUGUUGGACGAGGAAGCUUGCAGUUUGGUCGUACCAACGCUUUCGGAUCGACAUAUCGCGGUCGUGGCAUUGCGCAAUCGAAUUCCCAUAUUUCUGACUCGACAAUAAUUGGACGACAUAGUUUCAGUUUAUUUUUUUUAACUAUGUAUGCCAAUGUAGGUGUAAAUCGAAAUCUUCGAUCGUGUUCGACAAAUUUUGGCCGAGGAAGCAAUAUCACGCAGCCAUUCAGUUCUCGAGCUCAGGGUUUAUAUGAUCCACGUGAUCCACGUGAUCGUCCAAGACAACGUCUCCGAAGUACUUCUGAUGAUGUUUCUUGUCAACAGUUUGGCUGUAGCAUUGAGGAUUCAUCGGCAGGAGCUUUGAACAGUGGUUGGACCCAAGUAGGUCGUAGUGCUGCACCUUGGAAUAAGCGAACUCAUGCUAAUACGAACACUACACUACAACAGCCUAGCACGAACUCCGAAUUUCCUAGUCAUUCACAGCUUCCUGAAUGGAUGAGUGAUGACCAUGAAAGAGAGGGAAACUCUAAUCUGGGAGAAUCUGGAUCAUUUGAUGAUAGUGGUCAGUUCCGAACUUGUAAUAUAGUGGAGCGAAUGGCUAAUUUGACGUUAAAAAGUCCUGCAACAACUAUAUCGCAAAUAAAUAUUACAGAAAGGUUCUGGCAAGGGCAUCAGAAGGAAGAAAAGACUAUGAUGUCAGCUGUUCCCGUUAGUAUUCAUAGUAAAUGGUCUGCACUGUCAGAGAACUUGGAGCAGCAUCCUAACAAAUACCCUAAUGAUGCUGCUUUGAUUGGUCAUUCUUUGUCCCAAACCCAGGCUGCUUCUAUUGGCUUAGCUGCAAGAAGUGACGGUGUUAAUGAGUGGUUCUAUGUCGAUCCGAAAAAUGCUGUGCAAGGACCAUUUCCUACGGCUCAUAUGCAGGCCUGGUACAAACUGGGAUAUUUCACGUCAAGUUUACGUGUGAGGCAUGAGCAAAGUCCAGAUAGUAGUUUUAUGACUCUUGGAGAAUUGAUAACAUUGAAUGGUGAAGAUGAGCCCUUUAAAUUGAAAACUCUUCCAUCCACCGUAAUGCAGUUACCAUUGCAACAAACGCAGGAAGUUAGCAGAAAUAUCUGGAGUCGGGACUACAAUGCAUCCAUUAUUGAAGUUGCAAAAGUUAAAGAAGAGCGUCAGAGAUUGGAAGAAGAGCAACGUCGUGUAGCAGAACAAGAAAGACAAUUAAAAGAGAUGCGUGAGGCUUUAAUGAAGGAAGAGGAAGAAAGGAUAGCUCGGGAACAAAAAAUAAUUGAAAAAGAAUUGCAGUUACAGAAGGCAGAAUUAGGAUUUACAUUCCAUUCAGUGUUAUUUUUUCAGAAAGAAUUAGAGCGGUUAGCUGCUGAAGAAAAAGAGCGAGCUGCUGCUCGAGAACGUGAAAUAGAGGCUGAGAUGAGAAGAUUAGCUGAGGAGAUGGAAAAAUCAAGAAAAGAGGAAGUAGAGAGGGCAUUAGCAGAAACACGACGUGUAUGUUAUUGUAGUUUAGUAGUGUUAGUUGUAGUUUACCAAAAAGAAGAAGAGGCAAGAUGGCAGCUGAAGCUUGAAAUGGAAAAACUUUUGCAGGAAGAAAGGGAGCUGAAGAUAAAGGAAAGAGACGAGGAAGCUGUAAAAAAAAUAGUAACUGAACAAGAACAGAAAAAACGUCAAUCAGCCAUAUAUGAAAAAGAUUUGUCUCAUAAGUCAUCACCUGAGACGAAGAAAGAGAAAAUUUUUGUAGUUGCACCGUGGGUAGCCGCAAAAAACAAUGGGGUGCUAGAUCGGAGUGAACCAAGUUUGUUAGUCAUACAGCAGGAGGAAGAGCGGCAAAUGAUCGAGGAAAUUAAGCAAAGGCAGCAAGAACAUAUUAAUGGAGGUGUUGCUAACGAGCCAGUUUGUGCAGGAGUUUGGAAUUCUGCUGCGCAAAAACUUCAGUGGAAAUCAAAUAAUCAGCUUCCAUUUGAAUCAAAGUCACAACCAUUGGCUGCUUGGAGUGGUGCUAAAACUGGUAAUGAUAAUAGUAAUGCAGGAAAUAACAUUACUCUUUCAAAAGUAGUGUUAGAUUUAGUAUCAGGUGGAAAUGAAAAAGCUAAAAGAAGUGUAAAUAGUCUCAUCAGAUCUGAUCAAGAGUCAAAGAUGACGACAAGUGCGCAGCAUGAAGCAGUAAAGAAAAUAUUUAAACAAGCAGUAGCCGACAAUCCGUUGACGAGCUGGAUGAUAGGUCGAGUAAAGGAAUUGAAUCCUCAAGUAGAUGCUGAUGUUUUUGCUGCUUUUAUUGAGGGUGUCGAUAAUCCCAAUGAAGUAGAGGAUUAUAUAAUUGGAUAUCUGGGUGAGGGCAGAUCAGUGAAGAGUUUGAUACGAGAAUUUUUGGAGAGGCGUUCACAAGCCCGCCAGAAAAAAGAACCUGUUGACAAAGAUGAUUUGACGCAUCCAGCUCAAGCAGCAGAUGGUGUCAGUAUUGGUUCAGCAAGUAAUAAACCUGAUAACUCUACCUCGCAACAAACAUUCACGGGUGGUGGUAAACGGAAGAAAAAAGGUAAUAAAGGAAACAAAUUAGUUGUUGAUGGUGCUUAUUUGGGUUUCAAAGGGACGGCUGACCCGAACCGUACUAAUGUCGGUGAAAUUGAUACAGUUGGUGGGAUGACAGCUAGUUAUUCACACAAGUGA